UUCUAGCCAUUCUGUACACAUGUCUCUGCAGAGUUAACUACAUUUGAUAUUAUUUUACAAAAAGUCAAGUUGUGAUCUACUGCCACUGAGUUCCGUUCCCAAGUAUGAGAUAUAGAUGGCAGCAUCUGAUUUGGGAAUUGCUGUUGGUCCUGCUUUUCCUUGUGGUUAAAUCUGAAGUCUUUGCAACUGACUGUCCUGACGGUCAUAUGACCCUCAAUCCAAAAGGCCCCUGUAUGGAUAUAGAUGAGUGUGAUGAAGAAGAGGGACCUGAAGCCCUAUGUGGUGACCAUGCAGAGUGCUUCAACACCAAGGGCAGCUACUACUGUCAGUGUGAACCCGGAUUCAAGUCCACUCAGAGAAAUGUCAACUUCACUGCUGAUCAUCCAGAGCUAUGCCUAGAUAUCAAUGAAUGUGCAGUGGGACACAUAAACUGUGGUCCCCAUGCCAAAUGCCAUAACAAUAUGGGAGGGUAUGCUUGCAUAUGUACGGAUGGAUUUAAGACAAGCAGCGGAAAAGAGACAUUUCAGCUUGGCCAGGGAGUGACAUGUGAAGAUAUUGAUGAGUGCACAGAGGAAGACUGUGGUCCGAAUGCCACAUGUCAAAACAAUGAGGGGAGUUAUGCGUGCAUCUGCAAAGAUGGGUUUGCGACAAGCCAUGGAAAUGACGCAUUUUUGGCUGACAAGGGAGUGACAUGUCAAGAUAUGGAUGAGUGUGUCCUGAACGCCACCAUUUGUGGGGGGAACGCAAAAUGCCACAACAUCCCUGGGAACUUUUAUUGUAGCUGUAACCCUGGAUUCAGUCUGAACAACAAAACUGGCAUUUGUGAAAACAUAUGCUCUAUGGACCGCUCCAUCUGUGGAGGAGGUGCAUGUCAACAGGGUCCUGGUGGUUAUGAAUGUCUUUGUGACAAAGGAUAUACCAAUUAUGGCCUCAAUCAGGAAGCAUGCACAGCAUUCAACUGUGACUGGCCCCAGAACGAUGUCAAUUAUGGGCAGACUCUGCCUGAACUGAAGGAUUCUCAUUCCCUGCUGAACCGGCUGUGUAUGAAACUGGCAGGAAAUGACACAGCUGGGGCUUCACCUCCAGAUGGAGCACUGGAUGGGCCUUUGGAUGGAAAGACACUGUUAAUGAAGUUUCUGUCACCAAUAGACGGCCUGCUGUCAAAAGGACCCCUCGGUGGCGAUCAAGUGGCCGUGGUGUUGCAUUUAAUUGAGAGAGCACUGAGAGUCCUCGGCCCUCUGCUAAACCAAGGGUCAACUACCCCAACGCAUAUGGCCAGGAGACAACAGGAUGGAAGGGAGCUGUUACCGAAAUUCCUGUCAAUAAUAGAUGGUCUGUUGUCCAAAGGACCCCUUAGUGACAGCAAGCAAGUCACCAUAUUGUUGUCCUCUGUUGAGAGUGCACUGAAACUAGUUGGACCACUUUUUAACGACCGCCAAACCAACUUUUCUACCAGAUGUGUUGAGGUGGAACUGCGGGUGGAGAGGGGAGCUGUGGCACCCAGCGGGCCUGUCCGCUUGUUUUCCGGGAACGCCCAACUGGACACACACUGGGAGACAGCGACAGGAGCUGAAUUCCCUGGAGUCACAACUGUUGCCUUGCUGACCUAUAAGAACUUGGAGAAGUCGACUAAUAACUCUUUUGCUGUGACUCCUGAUGACGCGAACACAAAGUUCCAGAUGAACUCAAAAGUCGUCACGGCAACAGUUAGCAAUUCCAACACAACACAGCUGACGAAGAAUAUCACCCUCUCUUUCUCCCAUCUCAGCGCAAAGCAAGAACAACACAAAUGUGUUUACUGGGACCACGGACGCAACGCGUGGUCUGAUCGCGGGUGUGCGGUGGUGACGACCAACGCGAGCCACACAGUGUGCUCCUGCAACCACCUCAGCAGCUUCGCCGUGCUCAUGGCUCUCUACGAGGUCGAGGACACUUUUGAGCUGCUCCUGAUGACCUGGGUGGGGCUGUCUCUGUCCUUGGUGUGCCUCCUGGCCUGCGUCCUCACCUUCGCCUUCUGCCGCUCCAUCCAGAGCACGCGCAACACCAUCCACCUGCACCUCAGCCUCAGCCUCUUCGUCGCCAGCCUCAUCUUCCUCGUGGGCAUCUCCCGCACCGAAAACCAGACGGGCUGUGCCGUGGUGGCGGGGCUGCUGCACUUCUUCUACCUGUCCGUCUUCUGCUGGAUGUGCCUGGAGGGCGUGCAGCUGUUCCGCAUGGUGGUGCUGGUCUUCCACACCACGCUGCGGACCCGCUACUUGAUGGCGGCCGGCUACGGAGUGCCCGCGCUCAUAGUGGCCAUCUCGGCGAUGGUCUACGCCAAAGGAUACGGUUCCAAGCGCCUGUGCUGGUUUGAUGUGACAAAAGACAACUUCAUCUGGAGUUUCCUUGGCCCUGUCUGUGUCAUCAUUACUGCCAACGUCUUCUUCUUCCUGUUGACAGUCUACAAGCUGGCUGAGAAGUUCGCCAGUCUCAAUCCUGAUUUUAACACAUUGCGUAAAAUCAAGACAUUUACAGUCACUGCAGUAGCUCAGCUUGUUGUGCUGGGCCUCAUGUGGGUCUUUGGCUGCCUCCAGUUUAACAACUCCACCAUGGCCAUGUCGCACCUCUUCACCUUGUUCAACUGCCUGCAAGGCGUGCUGAUGUUUUGUAUGCACUGCCUGCUCAACAAGCAGGUGAGAGAGGAGUACGGCAAGUUCCUGUCCUGCAUCUGUGCUCUGCACAAGACCAAGCAUUCAGACUUCAGCUCAAACCAGUCCAAGUCUCAGCUGUCCAAGAGCGCCCAGAACACCGGAGAGUCUCAGAUCUGACAGCGCUACACGGUCACCAGUCCACUGGAUUUAUUUGCACUCAGGCAAAGCAGCUGUAUCACAAGUCUGUGCUAAAGGACAAUGCAUGCCUUUUUAAAAUGCACUUUUUUCCUUCUGUGAGGUGUCAUUCAAUACAAAUGUAUUGUUGUAUUAUUUUCAUAUCGCUAUUAGUGCCUUGAUCAUCUGUUCAGGGUUAAGUUUUUAGAGUAGGAGGGUGGCCAAAAAUGUCUCCUGCUAAGCCAAAGACAAAGGCAAAGCCAUAGGUUCAUCUCAAAGUCAUUCUUUUGUAUUUAUAUCUUUUUAGAGCUAUUUAUUGUUUUGCUGUGCAUGUGUGAAUCUAUGUGUGUGCGGGAGGAAGCCGGGGUAUCUGGUAAUGUCAUGUAACAACUAGAUGUACCGCAAAGCGAUACACAAUAUGACCGCCGCUCAGUCCUGCACAUUCUCUCCGCAAAUAUCAAUCACGCUUUUGUUUCCAUCGCCUACUCCAUCCU